CUUCUUUAUAUUUCUCUCUUCUACUUCCUUUCUCCGCCUCUCUGCAUAGAUUUUCUCUCUCUGAACCCCAAACCUUGAAUCGUUUUCUUCGACAAUGAGGGAAAUCUUGCAUAUCCAAGGAGGUCAAUGUGGUAACCAGAUCGGUUCCAAGUUCUGGGAAGUAAUCUGUAACGAGCAUGGUGUAGACCCAACCGGGAGGUACCAGAGCGAUGGUGCUGCUGAUCUUCAGUUGGAGAGGAUUAAUGUCUACUACAAUGAGGCUUCUGGAGGAAGGUACGUUCCUCGGGCUGUUCUUAUGGAUCUCGAACCUGGAACCAUGGAUAGCAUCAGAUCGGGUCCGUAUGGACAGAUCUUUCGCCCUGAUAACUUCGUUUUCGGCCAAUCCGGUGCUGGAAACAAUUGGGCCAAAGGUCACUACACCGAAGGCGCUGAGUUGAUCGAUUCGGUUCUUGAUGUUGUUCGCAAAGAGGCUGAGAAUUGUGACUGUCUCCAAGGUUUUCAGGUAUGUCACUCACUUGGAGGAGGUACUGGUUCUGGCAUGGGGACACUUCUCAUAUCGAAGAUCAGAGAGGAAUACCCAGAUAGAAUGAUGCUCACAUUCUCAGUUUUUCCUUCUCCAAAGGUUUCUGACACCGUUGUGGAACCAUACAAUGCCACCCUCUCAGUGCAUCAACUGGUUGAAAACGCUGAUGAGUGCAUGGUACUUGAUAACGAAGCACUUUAUGAUAUUUGCUUCAGGACUCUAAAGCUCAGCACACCAAGCUUUGGUGACUUGAACCAUUUGAUAUCUGCAACUAUGAGUGGUGUAACUUGCUGCCUGAGGUUCCCUGGACAACUCAACUCGGACCUUCGUAAGCUGGCUGUUAAUUUGAUUCCAUUCCCACGACUUCACUUCUUCAUGGUGGGGUUUGCGCCUCUGACUUCUCGUGGAUCCCAGCAGUACAUUUCCCUCACUGUGCCAGAGCUUACUCAGCAAAUGUGGGAUGCCAAGAACAUGAUGUGUGCAGCUGACCCUCGCCAUGGUCGAUACCUGACUGCCUCGGCUAUGUUUAGGGGUAAGAUGAGUACUAAAGAGGUGGACGAACAGAUGAUCAAUGUGCAAAACAAGAACUCAUCCUACUUUGUUGAGUGGAUCCCAAACAACGUGAAAUCAAGUGUUUGUGAUAUUCCACCAUUGGGGCUUAAAAUGGCAUCUACUUUCGUCGGUAACUCGACGUCGAUCCAGGAGAUGUUCAGGAGGGUGAGCGAGCAGUUCACAGCUAUGUUCCGUCGCAAGGCGUUUUUGCACUGGUACACAGGGGAAGGCAUGGACGAGAUGGAGUUCACAGAGGCAGAGAGUAACAUGAAUGAUUUGGUCGCUGAGUACCAACAAUACCAGGACGCCACUGCUGAUGAGGAAGGUGAAUAUGAGGAAGAGGAAGAUCUAGGUGCGAGCUACGAGAACUAAAAUCUUGGAUUGGAACUGAAGUCUACGCUUUGGAGGAUUGUGGAUCGUAUGCCCAUAUUUCUCUCACCUGCUUAUAUGUUUGCUUAGAUAAAUAUCAACCUGUUUUUGUUUGCUCUACUCAUUUGUUUGUUAUUUCAUUUUUAAGAGACGACCCCUGUUGCUGUUCUUCCUUUCCAAUUAUUUGAAUAAAUAUUAUAUAUUCGAGGGAAUGACGUGUUAGGUUCCCAUGCAUUUUGAUAUUAAGAUUUUCUCUCUUUUGGGGUUGUAUGUAUGUAUCUGUGAAACUUAAAUGUGCGUAACAAUGAUUAAAUUUAGUA